CAUCUUGUCAAACAACAUGGCUUCCCUUACGUGCUGUUCAGGCAAGGCCGUUGCUGCUUCGCGCGCCAGGAGCACGCGGCCUACCACUCAGCGGCUGUCUGUUGUGGCUUCGGCUCAGCGUCAGGCGCCUGCAUCCCGUCGUGAGGUCCUAGGGGCUUCUGUUGCGGCAUUCUCCCUCCUGCUUAGCUCAAGCCCAGCCUAUGCGAUCUUCGGCUUUGCCGGGGACGACUCGAAGCUGUUCGACGAUUACAACUCGGAGACGAGCGCCAUCCUGGGCAAGGUUAAGGUGACCCUCGCCUUGGACAAGGAUGACCCAACGAAGGAAGACUCCGUGAAGGCGCUCCGCAAGGACAUUAACAACUGGGUCGCGAAGUACCGUCGCGAGCCAAAGGUCUCGGGCAAGCCGUCCUUCGGCAACACUUACUCCGCACUGAAUGCCCUGGCGGGUCACUUCAACUCUUUCGGUGCGACGGCCCCCAUCCCGAAGAAGCGUCUGGAGCGCCUCCAAAAGGAGCUCGACGACGCGUCGACUUUGCUGAACCGUAACCGCUAAAUCGGCUUUCUGGGUUCUGGGCAGCAUGUGAUGGCGCGUUGCGAGCUGGGCUCUGGGGAUCUGGCGCGAAUGAUGGUGCUCAACGGGAUUUGGGAUUGUGAUGUAAACUCGAGAAUAUUCGGGAUGUUAUGAAGUGUUGUCACACAUUCAUAUUGUUUCCAGGAAGGUAUUGUCCUGGUGGUUUUGACGAACGGACUUGCCACCCUCUGACUGGGGACGAAGUUUGCGCCACUUUCAAUGCACGUUUUGUAGACUUCCUCUUGGGAGAGGUGCUUGAAUCCUGGUCAGCGUGAUGAUCAUGUGAUGUUUGGAUGAUAUGGAUUUCGAGUUUUGCUGUCUCGGAACGCGUGUGCGGUGCUUCUGUGUAACCUGCGACUUGG